AAGACAGCAUUAGGCUGAUUUCCAGGAGGAGCCUUCUCUCUUUUCACUGUGUGUUAGGCAUUUUGUACAGAUUUUUGUUCUGUUAAAAAACACUUACCUCUUCCGGAAGUUCUUUAUAUCUCUUUGGGGGAGGAAAAAGAAACCAACUGUGAUCAGAAAACGGCUAGAAACCAUUUUAUUUGAACAACUGGUGGGAAGAAAAAGGAGAGAUACCAUCACAGGGAUAUAAAUAUCUUCCGAUAAAAAUAUUUGUUUGAAUAGAAUUAUAUAUCAGUAGUGCAGUCUGACCUCCACCCUGAGGGAGAGCAAUGGGGUGUUUGGGCAACAGCAAAACAGAAGAUCAGCGUAUUGAUGAGAAAGCGCAGCGAGAAGCCAACAAAAAAAUAGAGAAGCAGUUGCAGAAAGAGCGACUGGCUUAUAAAGCCACACACCGUUUGCUUCUGCUGGGGGCUGGUGAAUCAGGAAAAAGCACUAUUGUCAAGCAGAUGAGGAUCUUGCAUGUAAAUGGAUUUAAUUCAGAAGAAAAGAAACAAAAAAUCCUGGAUAUUCGGAAAAAUGUAAAAGAUGCAAUUGUGACUAUAGUUUCAGCAAUGAGCACUUUAAUACCUCCAGUUCCAUUAGCUAACCAAGAAAACCAAUUUCGAGCGGAUUACAUCAAAAGCAUAGCUCCACUUUCUGACUUUGACUACACCCAGGAAUUCUUUGAACAUGCAAAAAAGCUCUGGGAUGAUGAAGGAGUAAAGGCGUGUUUUGAGAGAUCAAAUGAAUAUCAGCUGAUUGACUGUGCACAAUACUUCCUAGAGAGAAUAGACAGUGUCAGUAUGCCUGAUUAUACACCCACAGAUCAGGAUCUCUUAAGAUGCAGGGUUUUGACUUCUGGGAUUUUUGAGACAAGAUUCCAAGUAGACAAAGUAAACUUUCACAUGUUUGAUGUAGGUGGUCAGAGAGAUGAAAGAAGAAAAUGGAUCCAAUGCUUUAAUGAUGUCACAGCUAUUAUCUUCGUUGUGGCCUGUAGCAGCUACAAUAUGGUCAUAAGAGAAGACAACAACACAAACAGAUUACGCGAGUCCUUAGAUCUCUUCAAAAGCAUCUGGAACAAUAGGUGGUUACGGACAAUUUCUAUCAUUUUGUUCUUGAACAAACAAGACAUGCUUGCUGAAAAGGUCUUGGCAGGGAAAUCUAAAAUUGAAGAUUAUUUUCCUGAAUUUACACGUUACACUGUACCUGAAGAUGCAACACCAGAUGCAGGAGAAGAUCCCAAAGUAACAAGAGCAAAGUUUUUUAUCCGAGAUGAAUUUUUACGAAUAAGUACGGCAACCGGAGAUGGAAAGCAUUAUUGCUAUCCACAUUUCACAUGUGCAGUCGACACUGAAAACAUUCGGAGAGUGUUCAAUGAUUGUAGAGACAUCAUUCAGAGAAUGCAUCUUCGCCAGUAUGAACUAUUGUAAUUAAGGACACCAUGGAGUCUGUGGUUUUAAGAAUCUUUCUUUCUUGGCUUCCUCAGAUGAAGUAGAGGAAGAGAUACUAGAUCCAUCUGCCUCCUCAGUUCGUUUACUUUUAUUAGCCUUUCUAGCCAGCCCAUGCUUUAGGGACAAUAUGUGUGCUUUAUUUUUAUAUGCCACUUCUUUGUCAUUCCACUGAAGUCUUUGGCUACCUCUAUUUCCUUUGGUUUGGUUGUAAAUUUUUGUUUAUGUUUAAUUAAUUGGACAUAGUCUGCUAAUUUUUUUUCAGCAGACUUAUUAGUUCAAGCCGGUAUCUGCUAGUUGGAUGACAUUGUCAUACCUAGAAUGUGUGUGGAGGGUUCCUUUUGUACCAUGACACUGAAGAGUACUUGAUAGACAGAGAGGAAUAAUGCACUUUGCUUCAGAGUUACGAAAUACUGUUGAGGAUGUAUACAUGCAUGAUGUAGCAGCACCAUGAUAUUUAUUACACUGAGUUUUUAAUGAACUGAGUUGCAGGUCAACUGAUGAAGUGACCUCCUCUUCUAAGCCAUUGCUGGCCCAGAAAUAGAGUAGGUAAGCAAUUUUUGGAGGUUGGAGCUAAGAGUCUCUUUACACCUCAGGCUUUUGACUUUAGAGCUACUUUUUCAGCCUAUUGCAGUUAGGCAGAAAAUUCACCCUCACGUACCAUAUUUCUUCUGUCCACAAAUGAUUCAAUUAAUUUAGAUCAAUUUUGGACAUCAGUCUU